AUCGGAUUAGACAUACAUACAUUAUGUCAUCGAUAGACAACGACGUGUCUGACUCGUCAAAUGAUUUACAGAAUGCCUCAUUUGGUAACAAAUUAUGGACGUCGCUACGAAAUUCGUCCAUGAUUCUGUGGACGCUUGUUGGCGCUUUUAUCGGUAUUGGAGUGGGUCUCCUUCUGUCACACUUUCAACCUAGUGCUUAUAUAACAUUAUGGCUAGGUAUGCCUGGUACUUUGUUCAUCCGAGCACUAACCCUUAUGGUUGUACCCCUUGUAUUCUGCUCUAUUCUCCUUGGUGUGGCGGGUGUGGUCGAUGUUGGGGGGUCCGUCGGGAGACUUUCUGCGUGGACAGUGGCCCUAUACUCGUUGACAACGGUAGUAGCUGUCAUCGAGGGUUUAAUUUUUGUUCAAAGUUUCCGUUUCGCCUGGGCUGUAGGCCCUGAGGACGUAUCUGGUGUAACUGUGAACCCCAUCACCGUAGAGUGGGAUCUCAACGCACGAGUGUCUGCCAUAGAUAACAAUAUGGCUGAUGAUUUCUACUACUCGCUGGCAACUGCCUCGUCUGUAUUGCUACUACUACCAGGGCAACAAGUGUUGACAAAUAUCACCACUUUGGUUUACAAUGCUCCGCAGACCGUAUCAUUCAUGAUGCCUGACCUCCUACCCACUGGCUCAGUUACCAAUUUCUCCGUGUACGACGCCGCUGGUGCGCUUGCAUUUGCCGUUCCCGAUGGUGCCUUGACGAUUAUCCCUAGUGCAAGUGAUACAACAUCCUCAGAUUCUCCUGCGUCUACCGGCGAGAGUGUGUCUAACUCGUUUGAGGAUCUUCUGUACAUGCUUGUACCCCGUAAUGCUUUAGGAACAUUCGUCGGUCUGCCUAAUAAUAGUGCCAGUUUGCUUGGUCUUAUCACUUUUGCCCUUGUGUUCGCUGUGGGUCUUGCUAUUCUGAAGAGGAGGAACAUGUGGAAAUCAGAUGUAGUCCUUGAUGUCACUAGACAGAUCCUGGACGUCAUCUUACUACUUACCAACGUUAUCCUGAAGCUCACUCCCGUUGCCGUUUGUUCGCUGAUCAUCAGUGCAGUGGGCUCGCAGUCUUUGCAGUCCCUUGCAGAUACUAUGGCCUCGCUGGGUAUAUUAUUCGCGACUGUAAUUUUAGCCUUUUUGUUCCACGCUUUUGUCUUCAUGGGAUCUCUGCUUUGGGGCUUCACUAGAAGGAAUAUUUUCACGCAUUAUGCCGGUGUGGCCCCGGCUCUCUCCCUGGCUUUCGCUUCGGCUUCUUCAGCAUCUACUUUGCCUACCACAAUGGCCAUGGCCGAGAAGAUUGGCAUGAGUGAGCACAUUUCCAAAUUUGUCCUUUCGCUUGGAGCAACAAUAAAUAUGGAUGGAAAUGCUGUUUUCAUGCCGGCCAUCGUGAUCUGGCUCGCCGAUUCUGCUGGUAUUCCCAUUACUGUCGUUGAUCAAAUCAUCAUCUGCAUUGUCGCCGCACUAGCAUCCAUGGGCUCAUCUCCUGCUCCUGGGCUGACCCCAGCCGUUAUCCUUGUGUGGGGUUCUGUUUUCCCCGAGUAUCCAGUACCGGAUGCAAUCGUUUAUGUUUUGGCUCUCGAUUGGCUACUUGAUAGGUGCAUCACCACAGUCAAUGUCGCCGGAGACACCGUAAUUGCUCGUGUAGUUGACACACUGAACGAUAAGCAACUGAAGUUGCCCAAUGAAUCAAAUAUUGAAUUGCCAAUAGAUUCGGACAACGAUGAGAACGUGGCUGAAGAUCUCGCCGAGUUUCAGUCGACGCCUAGCAUCAAGAAAUAAGUGCAUCGUGUCGCACAAAAUUUAGAAAGUCCCGUCUUGUAGGCGAGCACUUUGGUAUACAAAUAAAAGUGUAAAUUAAAUCAACUCCUUCAAUUAAGCCUAUUUGGAGUAUUCGAGCAC